CGACAUAGCUAAGACUAAACGUUAAUCACCAAAAUUGCAAAAGCGCUCUCGUGAUGUUGACUUUUUAAUAUGAAAAAGUCAGUUCUUCCCUGCAUUACAGUUUUCGAUCUUUUCCAAUUUUUAUAAACCUUAAAGCCUUAAAAGUUCCCAUCAAAGCCUAUUUAAAUUGUUUUUAACUUCUAAAGUAAUCACUAAAAACUAAAUAAAAACAAACGGCGAUUGAAAAUUGAACUAUUUGUACAUUGUAGAUGUUUAAAUCAUAACGCCCCCCUAGAUAGCUGAAUUCGCAUUCACGCCAAAAAUCUCCUCGUUUUCUUUUAAACUUUAUAACAACAAAAGAGUUUUGAAUUAACCAUUUCAAGGGUAUUACAAGACAAAGUGAGUGGUCCUUUCAUGCUGGGAGUUAGCCAUUAAAACUUUCCCAAACAUUUCAAUAGUGAUCAUGAUUGGUCAAUUCGCACACGUGAUUAUCGCACCUGCAAAUCGCAAUAUUUUGUCAUCAAAAGGAAUGCUUAUUUGGACGUAUAAUUCCAAUAGUUUCGCAAACAUAAAUGCGACAAGUUUUUGGUAUUAUUGGCUCGUUUMAACGUUUGUCUAGAAAUGACUUUGUGUUCAUAAAUUGGACUUGGCAUAUAUAUAUUUCAUUGAUUGACCAGGGCUUUCAUUGUAUUGCUGAAKUGGACGUCACRGAUUUGGAUUCGUCUCGUCGCUUGAGAGACCAACAACCUGGCAAAAACUCUACUCCAAGAAGAUUUCCCAUGACGCUUCCAGAGAAAUAAUGCGGCAUCGUGAAGUCUCAAGAAAUGUACCCAAGGAUUAACUGGUUAAGCAUUUUUUGUCAGUUUGGAAUGUGUUUAAGAAGAAUAAGGACAAGCUUAGUAAUUCUAUUGUGUAUCGUUUUCCAUCCAGUAUGGUCUUCACAGUCUUCAUUCAUUCUUUUCUCCAAUAUGACACACAUAAUCAAGCUACAACCAAACUCUACUACAGAAACACCACUYAUUUAUAACCUCAUUAAYGCCGUCGCCAUAGACGUUGACGUCGCUGCAGGUCACGUGUAUUGGUCUGACGUCAUAGAAAAGAGUAUAAAGCGCGCAAAUAUUGAUGGGAGUAACGUCAAAGAGAUUAUAAGCACGACUAUAGGGGUAUGUGAUGGGAUCGCUGUGGAGUGGUUGACCAGGAAAUUGUACUGGACAGACACUACGUAUAAGGUCAUACAAGUUUCAGAGCUUGACGGCAGUCGGCCGCGGAUAGUGGUUGAUACUGGGCUGGACAAACCACGUGGCAUUGCGGUGUAUCCACAUGCAGACCUUAUGUUCUGGACUGACCGUGGCAGCUCCCCGAAAAUCGAGCGAUCGUCAUUGAGUGGUACAGCACGCAUCGCGCUGAUUACAGACAAUAUUAAGAGUCCAAACGAGAUUGCUAUUGAUUAUUCAAGCAAUCAAAUCUAUUGGGUCGAUGGUUUCUAUGGUUCAAUACAAACCAGUGAUCUGGACGGACAUUCCAGGCAGACUAUAUUCCAGCAAGAUAAUGUCCAACCAUUUGGUAUAUCAAUAUUACAUGAUCAAUUGUACUGGACAGCCUGGGCGUCACGUGGUAUCCAUUUUAGUAAUAAACACACGAAGAAACUCGUGGAUAGUAUAUACGACGUCGGGAAGUUUCCAAUGGGYGUCACGGUAUACGAUGAGUCACGCCAGCCGGCAGGACCCAACAAAUGUUCAAUCAAUAACGGCGACUGUAGUUAUCUAUGCCUUGCCAGCUCAAAUGGACGCCGUUGCGCAUGCCCGUCGGGAAGACAGCUGACCAGUGAUGACAAAGCAUGCAUUGAAGUGUCAAAGUCAUUCAUGCUAAUCGCAGACGCCGGCUCGCCUGCCGUCUACAAAGUCAAUGUCGAUCUCCCGAAUCACAACCGAGUGAUCUUAUCGGUCAACGAAACUACAGCGAUCACUUACGAUCCAGGCGACGAGCGAAUCUACUGGAUCGACGGACAUCAACGAAACAUACGUCGAGUAUUUUUAAACAUGACUGGAGAAGAAGCRUUCAACGUCCAUUCUGUACGACCAGAUACCAUUGCGGUCGAUUGGGUGGGRCGACAUUUGUACUGGACGGAUGAUUGGUCGCGGCGMAUUGAAGCRGCCAGGCUUGAUAAUGGACUACAGACAUCGGUGAUAAUAUCAGGAUUGGAGAGACCUCGUGGCUUGGUCCUCGAUCCUCCAAAAGGGCAAAUGUACUGGACAGACUGGGGGUCCACGCCCAAGAUAGAAGUCGCCAACAUGGAUGGUACAAGCCGUUGGAUYCUAGAAGACAGUGAUCUCCAAUGGCCGAACGCUCUAACCAUUGAUUCUAAAAACGGUCGUAUCUACUGGGCUGAUUCUGGCAGUGACAAAAUCGAGUCACGUGAUAUCCUUGGUGCUCAGAGAAAGCGUGUUGAAUACAAAGGGAGUAAUUUUCACGCCUUUAGCCUUGCUUUCUUUAAAGGAUCUGUAUUCUGGUCAGAUAUGAAGAGCAAUAGUGUACAGAAGCUUGACUUAAAGACUAGAGUAUCAGUAAAGUACGUUAAGUCACUCAGCCGACCSAUUGGUGUGUUUAUAUAUGACCCAUCUAACUAUCCCGAAGUGUCAAAUAUGUGUAGUAACGGACAAACCGGAUGUAGUCAUUUAUGUCUAAUACGUCACAUGGGAUACACGUGCGCAUGCCCAUCGGGGUACAGACUCAAAGAUGACAGAAAAACCUGUGAACGUGCGCGUGAAUUCUUCCUAUUUGUYGACGGUGGUGCUCCAAGUGUUAAUAUUAUGCCACUAGAARACAAAGAUCCUAUGUGGACUCCUAUCUCAAUCCUACCAACCAAUAGCCARCCAUCUGACUUCGAUUACGAUCCAAUAAGCGAUUCGUUUUUCUGGACAGACAUAGCAACUAGCUCAGUGAAUUCUUACAGUUUAAACGAUAAAGUGUUCAAGUCUCUUCAUCGAUGCAAUGUUGAACGACCAAUGGGGAUUGCCGUCGACUGGGGUGGUAAGAAUAUUUAUUGGACCGAUGCCAAGAAAGGGACUGUUGAAAUUAGUCGUACGGAUGGCUCGAUGAGACGCGUCUUGGUUAGGACACCUAAUGCGACUUCAAUUGCGUUGGAUCUUAAAAAGGGGAGAAUGUUCAUCAGCGUCUGUGGACCAUCACCAAAGAUUAUCAAACUUUUCAUGGACGGUUCGUCCACCAUGACACUUGUCAGUCAAGGUCUUGAGUGCGCCACUAGUCUCACUUUCGACCAAAAGUCUCAGCGUCUAUUUUGGAUUGAUAUUCCAAGAAAAAAGUUUGAAAGUGUCAUGACUAACAAUGCUAACCGUGAGGUUACGUACUUGGAUGGAAGAGCUUCUCCAAUAGGCUUCACUCUUAACGGUGAUUACGCAUAUGUAACGGACGCAGUGAUUGGUCGUAUUUAUAAUAUUAGYCUGCAUAACAAAUCAAAUGUCACCUUGGCAAGAGAUCUCAAGAAACCYACMAUGAUUCGUUAUUUCAACAARAUACGGCUUCUGAAUGUUUCCAAAAAAUGCUCGGUCAACAACGGUGGGUGUUCGGACUUGUGCCUACUCAGUGCRUCACGUGAUGUUAAAUGCGCAUGCUCCACUGGAGGAAAGCUGCUUAAGGAUGGCAAGACGUGCAAUCAUGAGCCUUUCUUAAAACAAAUGGACACACGAGCUCUUCUAAUCGCUGACAUGAAUUACCAAGAYAUCUUUAUGGUUCCUCUCGACACUAAAGAGUCUUACUGCGCGUCAAUUUACCACUCAAAAGUCCCAGUUCUUGACRCGGACACAUCCAGAACAAARCCRAUCUCGAUUACGUACAACCCUAGGGAUAAAYUWCUWUACUGGACCGACGAAAAGAAAAAAGCAAUCAUGAGAGGCACAAAAGAUGGUCGCAAUAUCGAAGUAGUGGCUCGAAUGGGAAUACUUUACCCUGAUGGKAUUGAUGUUGAUUAUAUAUCACAAAACGUUUACUGGACUGACGUAUUGAGGAAGAGAAUCGAGGUCUCAAGACUGGAUGGGUCUGACCGGAAGGUUUUGAUUGGAUGGUCUCUUGAUAAACCCGGUGCUAUUUUGGUCGAUCCCAUCGCUGGAAAUAUGUACUGGACAGAYUACGGUUCGAAACCUAAAAUCGAGAGAGCACAUAUGGAUGGAACCAACAGAAAACUUCUGAUAGGCGUCGGGCUAAAACGACCAACAGGAUUAGCACUAGAUUUCAGGCUGCGACGUCUWUAUUGGGCCGAUGAAGGGACUGGUCAGAUUGAGUCCAUUCUACUAGACGGCUCAAACAGGAGAACUGACUUUUCUAUUUCUAAGAAGAGUAACCAAGARAAAAGAGCGCCGUUUGGUUUGGCCUUUGAUAAUGGCAAACUGUACUGGGCUGAUGUGCUAACACACUCGAUCUAUCAGUUGGAGGUUGCUACGGGGGAUCUCACCGUUGUUGCGAAYGGACUGUCUCGCCCUGUUGAUGUUAGGGUUGUUGGUAACAUGGGUAUGGAUAUUGAUUCUUGGAAACGGUUUGCAUCCCAAAACAAUUAUACGAACGAAUGCAGUAAGCGUAAUGGAGGCUGUAGCAAUCUUUGUCUUCCGGUGCCAGCUCUGCCAGGAUUCAAAUGCGCAUGUCCAAACGGAGUCAAGCUAAAAUCUGAUGAUGACAAAACUUGUGAAGGAGUUAACCGCUGUCCCGAAAUCUCUUGGCUYAAGCAUGGCAAAGUYGACGAAGACUGUCACAACAUCCCUGGUGGAGUGUGUAACGUGACCUGUGACGUAGGCUUYAAGUUGAACGGCGACAAAAGGAUGCAUUGCCAUGUCAACGGCUCCUGGAUGGCUAAGUUACCAAAGUGUGAAGCUAUCACUUGCUUUCCRCCACUGAAGCCCAAACACGGAAAGUUUGACUCACAGGAAUGUAAUAACGAAACCCAACCUGUUCGGUACGGUGUUACAUGUACGUAUAUCUGCGACGUAUCAGAUGGUUUYGUUCGACAAGGRCCUCCAUCGACUAAAUGYCAAGCUAAUGGAAUGUGGACAAUGAGUAGAAUUCCCACUUCUUGUAAAGAUAAUGAAGCACCMUUCCUCAUCUGCCCCGAUGACAUAACUCGAGUUACCAGCCCAGGCCAACCGACCGCGCUGGUCAACUGGACCAUGCCCAUAACACGUGAUAACGCGGAUGCAAAUCCCAGGAUCACCAUCAAUCCUCCAGGACUGAAUUCACCUCACUACUUUAAAGCCGGCAAACACGUGGUGCGAUACGAAUCAACUGACGCUGCUGGCUUGACCAGUAGUUGUGUCUUUCACGUGACUGUCAAAGACGAGGAAGCGCCUAAAGUGGUUGAGUGCAAGACUAACUUUACGUUCAUCACUAAACAACACAUAAGUCGUGUUUAUUUUUCUGGGAUCAACUUCAGUGAUAAUGUUGGUGUCACUCAAGUUGACUUUGGCAACGUCACUAAGAUARCCUGGGGAACACAUCACCUUACUGUACGUGCGCAUGACGCUGCUGGGAAUACCGCUGACUGCAACAUCAAUGUUAUUGUCUAUUCUGAACGAUGUCGGRUUGGCUCUCCUCUUAACGGCUUCAAGGAGUGCAAGACAUGGAGAGACGGCGGCGUCUUCUGCUCGAUUGGUUGCAAUGAUGGCUACGCUAUAACCGCAGACAGACAGAAGUUUUACAUGUGUUCACACUCUGAGGGCUGGCGUAAUGCUAUUAACUAUUUUGAUGGACGAUCGCGYCUACCUGAUUGUUCAAGUACCUGUAAUCUUGGAGAAAUCUCACUUUCCUGUACAACAAGAGCCCAAAGACGUUUCAUACGAACGGUGUACAACAAAGAGAUGAAAGCAAAGUUCGAGAUUCGUGUAUUUUUGAGCAGUGCAGUWACAAAAGACGCGAUAAACCAAACAAGACACGAAAUUAAAGCGGUUAUUAGUGAUGGCAUCAAUAUUAGCGAUGCAGGGAUGAUUAUAGAAGGUUAUGCCUUGAGAUUUGACGCGCAAAAGGGACUAACUAUUAACGAGAUUCGAGGAAUAUGUGGGGUUGGACAAAUAUACAAAGAAGACCAAUGCGUAAAUUGCCCUAUUGGUCACUAUCAUAAUCAAACUACAGACAGCUGUGAAAGAUGUCCAGUAAAUACGUACCAAGAAAGCGAAGGUCAAUUGGCAUGCAUACGAUGUAAGACUGGGCUCUCGACACUUGGAUUAGAGGGGGCCUGGACCAACACUCAAUGUCGAGAAUGUGAAGAUUUCGAAAAGACAGAGAUCAAGGUCCAAUGUGAAAAAUGGCGAAGAGCAGGCGAAUGCCAGAACAACAGACCCAAGAUGUUUGACAAAUGUCCACAACAUUGUAGAUUUUGUACAGCGGUGAAAGGUAAAGCUAUUAAAACCAAGGCUAGAAGACGGCAGGGUGUAAAUCUUAAAGCAGUGAUUCCUGCUCUUGUCGUACCUACUGUGAUACUAGUUUCCAUUGUACUUCUUGUUGUUCUGCUGUUAAGGAGGAAGCGUAGAAGAAGAGAAGACGAGAAUCAACUAUCUCUCGACACCAUGAUGAAGAAAACAAUCACAUUAGACAAACACAACAACGACAAAUACAAAAACGCCAUUCAAGUACAACAACUACAUGUGCGGUUUCACGAGGACAAAAAACUCAAAAAGAAAAARCGAAAUAAAAACAAGUCAUCCCCCAUUAAAGCUGUUUUAAAGAGAGAACAAUCAAACGAAGACGAUGAUUUGUACGUUAGAAUUCCACUUAAAAAGACAAAAGUGAUUAUGAACGACAAAAAGGCGAAGAAAAAGAAGGACGAUAGAAAGCUCUCCUCGGAAGAGAUUGAACAAGUCUCGACCUCGCUCGAGCUUCAAGAAAUUAGCGCUCAAAUGGAUGCAACACAAGUUUAACAUUMGUSUCAUUAKAUGCAAAAUGUUUAUUGUGCGAAGAAUGGAGAAACUUUUCAAUGAAAAUGAACAUACACACAGAUAUGAGAAUCGCUCGAAUGACAAGAGAAAUCGUAUGAAAUUKUAUUAGAAUGUCAUUUGUUUCCCAUCUGACCACUCCUGAAUGUAUCUCAUUGGUCGUUUGGAUCACGUGAUUGACACUUUCAAAUCUUAUUGGUCCUCAAGAUCACGUGAGUGGAAUGAAAAUGGCGUCCAUGUGAUAUCAUCAACAAUAAUUGAUUGAUCAGGCAACAAAAACUACCUUUUCGCGUUAUGGAAGACAACAAUUCAUUAUUUAAUAACAAAUAGUAUAAAUUUCAGUCAUCCAACAAUUAGUAAAUCAAUAAAUAUAUUGUUCAAAAAAGUAUGUUCAUCUACAAAAGAAAAAAGAAAGAAAAAAUUAAAGAAAAAUUAAUUACAUUCGCAAGCGAAUAAUAAUAAUAAUAGCUCGAAUAAUAAUUUCUUAAUAAUGAAUUACGAUUACAUAUAUAUUAUCUAUUAUUUAUUAAAGAUAUUUAAGAUGUAAAUAUAAUGGAAAAAAGAUUUAAAGCGGAGCAAACACUAUAAAUAAUAUAUCACUGUACUUUGUAGGAUAAGUAUUUGCUAAUAAUGGAUAGACAUUGCUGUGAAAUUUGUUAUUAAUGGUGAAAAAACCUUAUGAUUAUGCAAUAUUAUUAAAAAUUGAUUCGUUGCUUAUU